AUGAAGAAGUUGUUCCUUGAGAAGUAUUUUCCAGCAUCAAAAGCAGCAGUGAUUUGCAAGGAGAUUUGUGGUAUUAGGCAAAUAUCGGGAGAGACUCUCUAUGAGCAUUGGGAGCGCUACAAGAAGCUCUUAGCUAGCUUUCCACACCACCAAAUCAGCGAUCAACUUGUGAUUCAAUAUUUCUAUGAGGGGUUGCUUUCUAAUGAUAGAAAUUUGAUCGAUGCCGCAAGUGGUGGUGCAAUCACCAACAUAACCGUUGCUGAAGCUACAAGCUUGUUAGAAAACAUGGCUGCAAACACUCAAAAAUUCUACACUCGAGGUGAAUCAGUGGUUAGGAAAGUGAAUGAAGUUGGUGAUUCUCCACACAUGGAACAAAGGAUGGGUAACAUGGAGAGGAUGAUGCAACAAAUAGCAGCUGUCGUCAUACCAUCAUCACACACCGAACAUGUUGAGAAAGCAAGUGCUAUGUACCAAAAUCAACAAAGGCAGAGGUAUGAUCCGUACUCCAACACAUACAAUCCAGGUUGGCAUGAUCAUCCCAAUUUCAUCUACACCAAUAAGCAAGCUGCAGCAAAUCCUACUUUCAAUCAACAAGGAGGGUACCAAUUCAUGCAAAGACCACAACAAGAAACUCAAGGUACAAGUGUGGAUGACAAGUUUACUCUUAUGAUGCAAAGUAUGCAAGAGAUUUCAAAGACAAUGCAAGGGUUCAAUCAAUUCCAGCAGAAAUCCGAGAUGGCUAUGAGAGAGGUGCAAAACCAAGUUAGUCAAUUGGCUAAUGAUAUGAAUCAACUCAAGGCACAAGGAUCUGGAAAACUUCCUUCGCAACCACUAAAUCAUAAGGAGAAUGCCAAUGCGAUUGAGCUACGAAGUGGGAAACAAGUUGAGAAACCGAAAUCAUCACCGGUGUCCAAUGAACAUGAUUUGGAGAAAGAAGAGGGUGAACUAGCCCCUAAAAAGGCUUACCCGGUAACAAAUUCUAACUCUAAAACUCGUGUUUCUACUUAUGCUACUCUUCCUCUUUUUCCUAGCAGGUUUGCAAAGUCGAACAAGGAGACAUUGUACCAAGAGAUUUGGGAGAUCUUUAAGAAGAUUGAAGUGAACAGUCCACUCCUUGAGGCGAUAAGGCAGGUUCCUCGCUAUGCAUAG